AUGUCCCAUUCUCGAUCGGUCUCACCACUGCCCAACGGAGGAUGGAACGCACCGGGGUUGAUUGAGCGUGGCUCAACGCCCAGCAGCUUGUAUGCCGGAGUCAACAGCUACAGCAACAAUGACGACCACUGGGCUGCGGCAAAGGCAAGAAGUGCUCAAGUGAGAGGGUACCCCAGUGUGCAGACCAAGAAUGAGGGCUUCUUUCUGCGGUCCAAACGGAAAAUCUCCUCGACGCUCCCCGUCUUCAGUCCCUACACUCCUUUGUCGGCCAACUGGAAGGACCCCGAGAAACUUGGCCGCAGCCGGUGGUCUCCAAGAGGGGGAGGGAGUCUGGCGAGAAUAAAGACGUUUGCUGGCAAUGUCUUGAGGAGGUUCAAGUUUCUGUUCAUAAUACUGUCCAUUGUCACACUGACGACAGUUAUAUUGUCCCAGACCAAUGUGCUGUCCAGAUACCGUGGCAACUCCCAUCUCGGCGGCGGAAGCAAAUUCGUUAUUAUCCUUGGGGCCAAUGAGGGCGGCGGUGUUAUGGAAUGGAAAGGUCCUAGAGAAUGGGCCAUCGAGCGCGACAGCGUGAGAAACAAAAAGAGAUACACCGACCGAUGGGGGUACAUAUUGGACAUUGCCGACAUGAGCACCAAGAAGAGGUUCUGGUGGCUCGACUUAAACACCUUCAUCAUGGAGCCUUCAAUAUCACUCCAAUCCCACAUCUUCAACAACCUCGACAAAAACGUGUACCGCGACAUUAACGUCUACAACCCCCUCGACAUUACCCACCCUCCCAUCACCAAAUUUCUCGAUCCGGUCGCCCGGUCACCUACUGGCGACAAUUUGACAUCCUCCAUCGACAUCAUCAUCCCUCAGGACUGUGAUGGUUUCAACCUGGGGUCCUUCUUCGUUCGACGAUCUCCGUUCACCGACCGGCUACUUGAUUUGUGGUGGGACCCUGUCCUGUACGAGCAAAAACAUAUGGAAUGGGAACACAAGGAGCAAGAUGCGCUGGAGCACCUGUAUGCGUCGCAGCCGUACCUCCGGACACACUUCGCAUUUAUCCCCCAACGCAAAAUCAACUCAUUUCCCCCCGGUGCAUGUGCCGCUCAUUUGGAGCAAGGACAGGCUGCCGAAGAUGGGAAGCCUCUUCUGGACCCCAGAUUCCACUACAACGAGCACGAACGGGACUUUAUGGUCAACAUGGCCGGGUGUGAGUGGGGUCGAGAUUGUUGGGCGGAAAUGUACAUGUAUCGCGAACUCAGCAACAGACUCAACCGGUCCAGGUGGGAAAGGUUCAAAGACCUUGUCAGUGACAAAUGGACCUACGUGAUGAAGACCUUGUUUGCAGAAAAGGCAGGGCCGAAAACUGGUUGA